UAAACUCCGCCCACACGCGUUCAACGCGGAUGUGAAUCAAUAGAUCCAGAAGAUCCGGAUCCUCCGUGAGGAAUAUCCGUGUUUAAACAUCACAGUCAGAGCAAGUGAAGAAUGCGAGAAGCAGAUAUUGUGUCCGGGAACAUCACAUCCACAGAGAAAAAUGAAGAUGUUGAUGAGAUCUUGGAAGAGUCUCAUCUGCUUCUGGAUGACUCGUGUUCUGGGAUUCUUUACCCUGGACUGGAGACCUGGAACACUGAAUCACAUUGUGGUUUGAACGACAGUGAAUCUGAGGAGGUUCUGAACGCCAUAAACCCAAACGAGGUUUACCCAUCAGCAGCAGCAGGCGUGCAGGAGGUGUUGUCAGAGAGCGACAGCGGACUGUCUGAGGAUCUGUGUCCUGAUGGAGCGCACGAACAGAAGGUCAACGUCCAGCAGAUGCCUGCUCUCUAUCAGGUGGUUUAUGACAUCAGCAGUCUGGGGGCCGUCAUCACAGAGCGGGGGCCGCCACAUAUGGAUGUCAUCUCUAUACAGCUGGACGACUGGAGCUCUCAGAUUUUGUUGUCGGAUUCCUGUGUUGUCAACGAACUGGUAUCAUCUGUCAAAAUGGAGAGUGACGACACACAACAAUCACACACGCCGGACAGCUCUUUGGUUUAUCCUGAACUUCAGCUGACAGAAGAGGAACAGUCACUUCUGAAUCAGGAGGGAAUCGCAUUGCCCAAUAAUCUGCCCUUAACUAAGGCUGAAGAGAGAAUUCUGAAGAAAGUGAGACGGAAGAUUCGUAACAAAUUGUCAGCACAGGACAGUCGCAGAAGGAAGAAAGAUUAUAUCGACGGUCUGGAGAGCAGGGUGGCUGCGUGUUCGGCUCAGAACACAGAUUUGCAGAGAACGGUGGAGCAUCUGGAGAAACACAACAUUUCUCUUGUGGCUCAGCUGCGCAAACUGCAGUCUUUGAUCAAGCAAACGGCCACGAAAGCUGCGCAGACGAGCACGUGUCUCAUGAUCAUCAUCUUCUCUCUGGGUCUGAUCAUAUUCCCCAGUUACAGUCCGUUCACAUGGCGCUCAGCGGAGGACAGCUAUGCACCGUCUGCUGUGAUGUCCAGAAAUAUCCUGAACGAUGCGGCCUCACUUUCCCUCUCUGAGGACGUGGGGCAGGAUGAGCCGAUGAUUUCAGAUCCACUCACAGAUCACAGUCGACCGGAUGAGGCGGAGGUGGUGUUUGACGUAGCGCAGGUGUCAGAAGAUGUGGCGGUUCGGCAGGGUUCAGUGCUGGAGAACGACACGGCUGUGACUACAGGAACCACGAACACUCCUGCCGUGGGUUUCAUCGCACCUGUGGCGACAGGGAACGCAGCGACAGACGCAGGCAAACCUCCACACGCUGAUGAAAUGUGAAGAAUCCUCCGGUGUGGGCUGUUGCUCUGGGUGUGGCCGGUUCUUUUGUGCGAGUGCGUGUUUGAAUGAACGCCAACAUGUGUUUGACUGUUGGCCGUCAGUCGGGUGGCUUUAUUUAUUCUCGCUGGUGUUGAAAGACUGUUAAAGGUGUGUUUCCUCUACACUACUGCCCACUGCAAUUGGUUUUCCUGAAAUCUUUUGCAUCAUGCAAAGGAAAUGUAAAGUGUUUUUAAGCCCAUGCCUUGGUGCACUGUUGAUAAUGGAGGAGAAAAUGCAUUUGUUGUUGUUGACCUCUAAGACUGACAACCUUUUUUUGCAUAAAUUUCAUUCAUUUGCUUGAAGCCAUCAAAUCAAACCAGACCGUGAUGUGUGACGGCUCUAUUGACCCGUACAGUUGAGAUAAUCAAUCAAAUCAAUUUAAGAUCCAGUUAGAAAUCAAACACUAAAGAGUGUAAAUAACACUUACGCUGUUUUUUAUAUAAUGUCCUGAUCCGUCUGUAUCAUGUGAAUUAUUUUACAUGUUAGUGGGCUUUGCUGUUUCAGAUAAUAAGAAUAAAUGUUAAAGUUUUAUUUAAUGACUUUUUGUUCAUGAAAUGCUUUUGUUUGUACAAUGUCCUUGAUUCAGAUUAUCUGAGGAUGUAAUGACUGGUUUUAUAUUUUGUCAUUUGAAUAAAUGUUUUUGUAAAUCUGUGAAGAAACAACACUCGGCAGAAUGUAAUUGUGGAAGGACUUGAUGAUCCAGCUUGAAACUGAAAACUAUAACACAUACACACAUAAACACAAACACACUUCGAGACGUACAAUUACAGGGGAUGUGGAAUUGUUUAAACACAUACAUGUAUGAAAUAAAUACACAAUCAGAAAUGUA